AUGGCUACCCCCGAGGUUCCUCUUCUCCUGGCCCUUCCCUCGGAGCUGAUCCACCAUAUUCUCAGCCACCUAAAUUUGUCUGACCUUCUCUCCGUAGGAUGUGUUAACCGCGCCCUCAAUCAGCACUCCCUCCAAGACACGCUUUGGCAACCAUUCGUACAAGCCCAGGUCCCAGCCUCGACUGUCCCCAAACGUGCGAAUCUAACAUGGCGUGCGCUAUUCAAACAACACCAUCCAUACUGGUUCCUCGCAAAGGGGAAGAUAUGGUUCGCCGACAUCGCUCACACUGGAAAGCUGCUUAUAGCACGCUAUGAUCACAGAAUCAAUGCGAUCGAAGCGUAUACGCUGGUAGCUGAGAGGCGGCAGCCGACAUUCCAAACGUGGGACUAUAACCCGGACGCUAUCAUUCAUACAUUCAGCCCAAAGGUUCAACUCGAUCUCAACGCGCCUGUCGUUCGGCUUGAUGCAGAAAGCUAUGAGUACGCAACGGGCGAUAUUGGAUACCGACUACAAAAGGAGAUUCCCAUGAGCGUCUUCAGUGGUGGCGCGCCUCGGUCAUCGGCAGGACUCCAUUCGCGGCUCUUGCUCACUAGAGCAUGGCCCGAAGACAUCACCACAGAAGCAACUCCAGUCUGGCCGCCGCUUACCCUACCCAGCACGGAGCGCACGCGCAACGAUACUCCGCCCUCUGGGUAUAGGCAACUCGCAAGUAAGCCAGCGAUGCUCGAUCAGCUCUCGACUUCAACUUUCAGAAUUCGGAAGUGGAUGGAGUUCUCUUCCCGACAGCACGGCGUCAGUAUGCGCAUAGGGGAAGACAUCUCUACAUGGGCUACCCUACCUGAAGAAUACUACACUCCAACAGCCCAGAAACCCUGGCAAGGGAUAUGGUGUGGAGACUACGCGGGGCAUGGCUGUGAGUUCUUGGUGGUCAUGCAACCAGACGAUCCGAAGCCCCUACCCGAGCGAGCCGAAUGGGCACUGAGAGCUAGGGAACGCGAAGGGAGCGUGAGUAGCGCAGGGUCGUGGACUACAGCGCCGACAGAUGCUGCUUUGUCGGGCGAUGAGGAUGGACCAGAGACAGCAGACGAUUUGGAGGAUAGCGUUGCGACACUUCAAGAAGCCUUUCACGAGCGGGACUCGGCAUCGCCAGCUUCGGAUCUCAUGACGGAGGAGGAUGAGACCGUCUACCACGGCCGCAUCGAAGCCGUCAAACUCACCGGCGAUCCAAACAUUCCGCGAGGGGAAUACACGUUCAUAGCGCCGGACAUUGGGCCCGGUGGCUUGCUGCGAGUAGCAUCCGAAGACAUCUUCAAGGGCGCGCGGAUUGUGAAGAGCGUGGGACACAUCGCUGCUAAUGGCUUCAGAGAUGACAACUACAUGACUUCGCAACUUAUUCUCAUCUCGCACGAUCGGCUCGCGCAGUACUGGGAGACCUUUGGACACGUGUCGUUUUAUCAGCGGGUUGACAUCGAUGCUUUCACGAGGGUUUAG